AAACAUCCUCUCCUCAAAAACAAUCAUUAACCAAUUUGUCACAUUGCAGUGUUCAUUGUUAUAAGUUCUGUCUACUCAAAAGAUAUAACUUUGUCAGGAUGAUUAUUUAAAGAGCUAUAGAAUAUACAGUAUAACUAUUGUGGCUGGUGAGAAAAUCAAAAUGUCUUGCAAUUAUGCCGAUGGACUAUCACCCUAUGAAAACAAAGGAGUAUUAGGAUUGGAAGAAAAAUUUGACAGUGAAGAAGAGGUGGCUGAAAAGGUUUCCAAACUUGCUGAAUGGAUCUCAGAGGCUCGCCAUGUUGUGGUUCAUACAGGAGCUGGCAUAAGCACUUCAGCUGGAAUUCCUGACUUCAGAGGCCCAAAAGGGGUUUGGACUUUGGAAGCUAAGGGAGAGAAGCCAGAUAUAAACAUAUCAUUCAACGAUGCCAUUCCUACCAAAACUCACAUGGCGUUGGCCAAGCUUGUUGAAGUUGGGAAAGUGCAAUACAUAGUGAGUCAGAACAUUGAUGGACUUCAUCUAAGAUCUGGUCUUCCUCGGAAAAAUCUUGCAGAACUGCACGGCAACAUGUUUAUCGAGCAGUGUGCCUUAUGUAACCGACAGUUUGUGAGGAAUGGUGCUACUUCGAGUGUUGGACAGAAGUGUUUGCUGAAGCCGUGCCCCACGUCACGGCUCAAUGGACGUCCGUGUCGUGGCCGGCUGCAUGACACAAUACUGGACUGGGAGGCGAGCCUGCCAGAGAACGACUUGGGAAUGGCUGAUUUCCACUCAUGUGUAGCAGAUCUGUGUAUAAGUUUGGGCACAACACUACAGAUCCUACCUAGCGGCAAUCUGCCCUUGCACACCAAGAAGUACAACAGCGGACGACUCGCCAUCUGCAACCUGCAACCCACCAAGCACGAUCGGAAAGCUGACAUGUUGAUCCAUGCGUAUGUGGAUGACAUCUUGGUGAAGCUGAUGGAACAGCUGGGAUUGGACAUCCCAGAGUACUCUCGUCUCAACGAUCCUACGCUGACACGUCGGGGUCGUCCCAUGGAGUGGACUAUCCUGGACAGUGAGGUAGCUGCCAUGCGGAGAAUGUAUGAGAAAACUUGCUGUCGAGGAAAGAAGAAAAGGCCAGAAAAAGAGAAAAUUUCCUCUAAGAAAAUCAAAAGAGAACCUGAAUUCAAGUGUGAAGAUAAACUUGCAGACAUCAAAACAGACAAUGAAUUAACAAAAAUUGAAAUCAAAGUUGAGAAAAAAGAAAGUGAUACUGGUUGAAACUUAGGGAUUUCUGAACUGUGAGUUUUAAACAAAUGCAAUUCAAACAAAUAUUCUUUGUCAUGUAGCACUAGGAAGACAUGACAUAAAGGGCUAAAUAUUAAUUUAUAUUUUUAAUAAUUUACAAAGGUUUAGAAAAUCUCUGAAUAUAAGAAUUAUAGGAAGGUAGCUUUAUUAUAAAACUAAUCAAAUCAAUCAUAUUCCUUAGAGUUAAAAGACUGUAUUUUGUAAUGUAUUUUAAUUUUUAAAUGUUGCAUGUGUUUUUAACUUAGUUAUUAAGAUAAAUAAUUUGUUUUUAGAUUAUUUUCAGUUGAAAUAAGUGAUAUAGCACGGUGCAUUAUUAAUAUUAUUUCUUAUCAGUAUUUUUGUAGUUGUAAGUGUAGAGAUAAAAAAAUUUCAUCUAGUCCCUUUUGUAGCAUUUUGGAUCUGCUUCUCUCAUGAUCUCUUGUUGGAUCAUCUUUAGGAU